UUGCCCAAGGUCACGCAGCCGGCAAGUGGCGGAGCCGGGGGGAGAACUAAGGUCCUUCUGACUCCCAGAUCCGGGCUGUGUCCACUGGCAACGGGAAAGAGGCAGACUGGAAGCUCCUGGCGGGGAGGGAAUGUGUCCUUUGGAUCGUCCUCUCCCAAGCACUGCACAUCUUCUCAUCUCCACAUCUACCUCUCCUAUCGCACUGCCCCUCCCAACCGCCUAGUCCAGUGCUCGGCCCACAGCGGGAACACAUCGAGUACCACCAGUAGGUCGACUGAUGAUCCGUCGAUCGAUUCCCACCUCUUGCGCCUCUCCGCCCUCUGCAGGGAGAUAGAGACCGCACUGGACCUGCCCUGACACCCCCCGCCAAUCCCGCCUGGGAAGUGCCGGUGGCGGGAUGGCCGGCUCCCAGUUCCCGUCCUUCCGCUCGCCUCUGCUCCGUCUGCUCCCGGAACCUUAUCGACCGCUGGCUCGGCCUUCCCGCUUAUCAUCUUGAUGGAUGGAUCUAGCUAGGCCGCUCCCUACCUCAGCCAACCCCCCGGUCCCCGAGUUCCGGCCCAACCUGCCCAACCACCUGCUCCGCCUCGCCCAGGCACACGGGCCCCUCUACCGCAUCCACUUCGGGAACCAGGAUGUCGUGAUUCUGAACUCCAAGGAACUGAUCCAGGAAGCCAUGAUCAAGAACUGGUUGAACUUCGCGGGGCGACCGCUGACCUUUUCCUCCAAGCUGGUGUCCCUGGGCGGGAAGGACCUGUCUCUGGGGAACUACUCUCCAGCCUGGAAGGACCUGAAGAAGCUCACUCGCUCCGCUCUCCUGUUCGGGAUGCGCAACAAGAUGGAGCCCUUGGUGUGGCAGCUGACCCACCAGCUGUGUGAGGACUUCCGUGCCCAGCCCGGCAGCGCCGUGGACUUGUUCCAGGAGUUCUCCAGGCUCACCAACCGCAUCGUCUGCACCCUCACCUUUGGGGAAAUGGAGGAGUCCACCUUGCAGGACCUGUACGACUGCAUCACGGAACUGGUGCCUCUGUGGGCCUCCCCGUCCAUCAGCAUCCUGGACGUCUUCCCUUUCCUCCGGUUCGUCCCCUACCCGGCCCUGAGACGCGUGAAAACGUUGCUGAAGAUCCGGGACGGGAUCAUCAGAGAGCAGAUGCGGAGGCACAGGGAGACGCAGGCGGCCGGCGUGGUGCGGGACCUGAUGGACUACAUGCUGCGGGAGCUGCGGGAGAAGAGCGGCGUGUGGGACGUCACCGAAGAGAACUUGCACAUGGUGCUCCUCGACUUGGUCAUCGGGGGCACGGAGACCACGGCGGCCACGCUGACCUGGGUGGUGCUCUACCUGCUCCACCACCCCGAGAUCCACAGGCGGCUGCAGGAGGAGCUGGACCAGGAGCUGGGCCCGGGUCGGGUCUCGGGCUCGGACCCGCCGGCCUCCCCGCUGCCCUACAAGGACCGGGAGCGGCUGCCCCUGCUCAACGCCACCAUCUCCGAGGUGCUGCGCCUCCGCCCCGUCGUGGCCCUGGGCCUCCCGCACCGCACCCUCAAGGACAGCAGCCUCGGCGGCUUCGACAUCCCCGGCGACACGAUCGUGAUCCCCAACCUGUACGGAGCCCACCACGACGCCGCCGUCUGGGACCAGCCCUUCGCCUUCCGCCCGGAUCGCUUCCUCAACCCCAAGUCCCAGCAGCCCCUGACGUUUGGCUGCGGGGCCCGGGUCUGCCUGGGCGAGAUCCCGGCCCGCCUGGAGAUCUUCCUGAUUCUGACCCAGCUGCUCCACCGAUUCACGUUCAGUCCGGUCCCGCCCAGCGCCGCCGCCGCCGCCGCCGCCCUGCCCUCCCUCGUCCCCGACUUCGGGAUCCUCGUCAAGGCCCAGCCCUUCCGCGUGCACCUGCUGCCCAGGGAAGGGGGCCGCCGGGCUGCCGCCUAGGGGGGUCCCGGACGCCCCCCGCGGGGGCGGGGACCGACGCAGCCCGCGGGGACCCCCGCCCCCACCCCGAGUGUGCCCGCGCCCGAUUCCCGGAGACCAACCGGGCCCGGAGCCGCGGGGCUGUCUGUCCCUUUAUUGCUUCUGUACAAACCUCUCCCCCUCCUCCCGUCCCCCUGCCCCCCGCCCCCCCAUCCCUGUAAACAAGGUGCUCUGAAAAACGGCCCUUCUCCUGGCCUGGGGAGGUGGGGGCCGGGGCCUCUCUUCCUCCUCCUCCUCCUCCUCCUCCUCCUCCUCCUCCUCCUCCUCCGCUCCUCUCCCGCCGGGGAGAGGGCCGACCACGGCGCCUGGGGAGGGGAGGUGC